AAUCACGCAGGCUGCACACCACCAGCAAGCAGGAGACACGUGCCUGCAAACACACCUGAACCCACGACGGCAGCAUGAGUGAACCGUGUGAGAAGCGAGCCAAGACAAGCGAAGAAGCAGUGGAGCUGGUGGAGGAGCUGGUGGAGGAGCUGGUGGAGGAGGACGAGAGCGUGCAGUAUGUGCCGCAUCCACUGGGGAUUGUGUCAUCGAUGAUGGCGAGUUUGGGUAGUGGGACGGUGGUGGAACGAUCCUCACUGGGCAGCCUGUUUGCCGUGCUGCCGGACGAGGUGGUGUUGGAGGUGCUGUCGCAACUGGACGCGCCGUCCCUCGCUGCCUUUGCCUGCUGCAGCCGCCUCUGCUACGUCUUCGCCAGCACGGACGAGCUCUGGAAGCAGCUCGUGCUCCAGGCGGUGCAGGCGGACAACAUGCACGGCAAAUGGGAGUACAGCGGCACCUGGAAGCGGACCUACGCCCAGCUGGCCACCACCCGCCGGUCCAACCACACCCAAGACGGGACGUCAUCAACACAGACCACAGAACCCCCAGCAAGCAGUAACACGGUGGCAUCAGGAGCGCCAGUGGCAUCAAUGUCAUCGGCAACAACGGCAACGACGGCGGCCACUGCAACAACUGAAACGACUGCAACGCAACAACACCAACUAUUCGGCCUGCAGUUUGGCAUGGUGCCAUCAGACACCCUCUUUGAGGCAUGGCUGUCCGUGACGGCGAAGAUCCAGCCUCACUGGCUCGUACACGACAACAUACCGCGACGCGACGCCGCCUCCCUCAGCGCCCGCGAGUUUGACGAACAGUAUGAGCAGCGGAGGCAGCCCGUGGUGAUCCGAGGGGCCGCUGCAGAGUGGCCGGCCUUUCGAAGGUGGACGCGGGUUAGCAUCGCGUCGCAGUUCCGUCGCCCCACAAGCAGCGACGCUGGCCAUGGUGAUCAUGGCAGCAGCAGCGCCGGCGAGAGCGAGGAGCAGCUGUUUGAUGCGUUUGAUGAGUACUCUGGGUCCCACCGCAUGACAAUGGGCCAGUACAUGGCGUACGCGCGGCAGCAGCAGGACGAGCGACCCCUGUAUGUGUUUGAGCCGCGGUACAUUGAGGAGAACAGCACGCUCGCACACGCAUACACCACGCCGCCACACUUCCAGCAUGACCUGAUGUCCCACCUCGGCACGGCGCGGCCAGACUGGCGGUGGCUGCUGGCGGGGCCAGCGCGCACAGGCACCAACUUCCACGUCGACCCGAACCACACCUCCGCCUGGAACACGGUCGUGUAUGGGCGCAAGAAGUGGGUGAUGUUUCCGCCGCACGUUGCGCCGCCUGGCGUAUGCGUGUGCCCCGAGACGGGUCGCGUGGAGCAGCCAGACUCUGUCAUGGCGUGGUUCCUGCAGUACUACGACGACAUCCACGCGGACCCGCGCCUGCGCCGGCACGUGCGCGAGUGCGUGUGCGGCCCGGGCGACACCGUGUUCAUACCCGACGGCUGGUGGCACCUCGUCCUCAACACGGAGGAGACGGUUGCCAUCACGCACAACUACAUUGGGCCGGCCAACUUGCACCGCUGCCUCUCCUUCCUCGACACGGGUGUGCCCCGCCAUAUGACCCAUGCGGGGCCCUCCGACCUUGCGAGCCGGUUCCGCGCAGCCUUGCAGCAGCAUGCGCCCGACGUGCUUGCACGUGCAGAGCAGCGACUGCAGCAACAGCGGUGUGGGAACGGGUCUGGUGAUGCUGUGGAGACGGCGUCCUGUCUCGCAGACGGCCCCAAGCCUGCAAGUUCCGUGCACGCGUUCAGCUUUAACUUUGCCACGUAAUGUGUGCGUGUGCGUGUGUGUGUGUGUGUCUGUAUGUAUGUCUGUGUGUAUGUGUGUGCUUCAUUUGAUUCGCGUUCUCUUCUGCAUGUGUGUGGCACCGUGCCCAUGUGCAUCCCCUUACGUUGCCCCCGCCCCCGCCCCCAGUGUCAGCUUCAGGUGCAACAGCACACGCUGUGUAUUCGUUGUUGCGGUAGAUAAACAUCAAAUGCAUGA